AUGCCCGAAUGCCUCAUGGCGCGCCGCCCCGACAGCCUCCGUGACUCUCGGUGUGACGCUUCUCCGUGUCGUCAGAGGAGACGUAUGACAGCAGCUCAGGGUCCCCGGCUUGGCCCUCACAUGGAUGUGGCCGGCCGUGCGUUACGGAGGGGCUGCGGGGGUCGGGCUCAGAGCGGGAAGGAGCCUUUAGAUGUCUGCUUCUCUGCCGUCCUAUUUCAGAGUCUGGGGAGUCGGCCAGUGUUCCUGGGAGCCCCAGACAGACGCCAGGAUGCUGAGGGCCAGGCCCACUUUGGCCCGGUUCUGCUCCAGUUCCUGCUGAGGGUUCUGUCCCCUGGGCAGGCGCUGGCUUUUCUGAAGGGCCUGAGCGAUAAGCAGAGGGAGGAGCAUUACUUCUGCCGAGACUUCAUCAGACUGAAGAAGAUCCCGACCUGGAAGGAGAUGGCCAAAGGGGCUGCGGGGAAGGAGGCCGAGGAGCCCCAGUACAAGAAGGACAAGGCCCUGAACGAGAAGCUCUCCCUCUUCCGUGGGGACAUCACCAAGCUGGAGGUGGAUGCCAUCGUGAAUGCAGCCAACAGCUCCCUGCUCGGCGGUGGCGGUGUGGACGGCUGCAUCCACCGAGCCGCCGGGCACCUGCUGACCGAGGAGUGCCGCAGCCUGCACAGCUGUGAGACGGGCAAAGCCAAGAUCACCGGAGGGUACCGCCUGCCGGCCAAGUAUGUCAUCCACACGGUGGGGCCCAUCGCGCAGGGCGAGCCGAGCCCCGGCCAGGUCCAGGAGCUUCGCGGCUGCUACCUCAACAGCCUGCAGCUGGCCCUGGAGAACCGCCUGCGCUCCGUGGCCUUCCCCUGCAUCUCCACCGGAGUCUUUGGUUACCCCAACGAGGCCGCGGCUGAGGUGGUCCUGGGCACCCUCCGAGAAUGGCUGGAGGAGCACAAGGACAAGGUGGAGCGGCUGGUGAUCUGCGUGUUCCUGGAGAAGGACGAGGAGAUCUACCGCAAGCGGCUGCCUCACUUCUUCCCAGCGGCCUGAUGCUGCCCCUCCCCAGCCCCGAGCCUGGUAAGAGGCCCCUCAGCGUGGUUGCGGGCACUAACGUCCUCCCUCCCCCGCCAGGCCCCAGCUAACCGCCC